AUGGAGCUGGGAGGGGCCUUCACCAUCUUUCUGGCACUCUGCUUAUCUUGUCUGCUCAUCCUCAUCGCCUGGAAGCAGAUCAACAAGGGGGGAAUGCUGCCCCCAGGACCCACACCAAUACCCUUCUUGGGAAACCUGAUACAAAUCCGUACGGAUGCCACCUUUCAGUCUCUUAUGAAGCUCAGGGAGAAAUAUGGCCAGGUCUUUACUGUGUACAUGGGUCCCCGGCCGGUAGUUGUUUUAUGUGGACAUGAAGCAGUUAAGGAAGCGCUAGUAGACCGAGCAGAUGAGUUCAGCGGCCGUGGAGAAUUGGCUUCAAUAGAACGAAACUUCCAAGGUCAUGGUGUAGCUCUGGCUAAUGGAGAGCGAUGGAAGAUUCUCCGACGCUUCUCCCUCACCAUCCUCCGAGACUUUGGGAUGGGAAAGCGCAGCAUUGAGGAGCGGAUCCAGGAAGAAGCUGGUUUCCUACUAGAGGAAUUUCGGAUCAAGGGUGCUCCCAUUGAGCCCACCUUCCUCCUGAGCCGCACUGUCUCCAACGUCAUCAGUUCUGUCGUUUUUGGCAGCCGCUUCGACUAUGAGGACAAGCAGUUCUUGAAGCUGCUGCAGAUGAUCAACGAGAGUUUCAUUGAGAUGAGCACACCCUGGGCACAGCUAUAUGACAUGUAUUCUGGAAUCAUGCAGUAUUUGCCAGGAAGACAUAAUCGCAUCUACUACUUGGUAGAGGAGCUCAAGGACUUCGUAGCCUCCAGGGUCAAGAAAAACGAGGCAUCCCUUGACCCACAGAACCCUCGGGACUUUAUCGACUGCUUCCUCAUCAAGAUGCACCAGGAUAAGAAUAAUCCCCACACGGAAUUCAACCUCAAGAACUUGGUCCUCACCACUCUCAACCUCUUCUUUGCGGGUACAGAGACUGUGAGCUCUACCCUUCGCUAUGGAUUGCUGCUUCUAAUGAAAUAUCCUGAAGUGGAAGCCAAGAUGCAUGAAGAGAUUGACCAGGUGAUUGGAGCACACCGGAUCCCAAGUGUGAAUGACCGAGUCAAGAUGCCCUACACAGACGCUGUGAUCCACGAGAUACAGAGACUGACAGAUAUUGUGCCCAUGGGUGUCCCCCAUAAUGUCAUUCGGGACACUCAUUUCCGAGGUUACUUUCUGCCCAAGGGCACCGAUGUAUUUCCCCUGCUUGGCUCCGUCCUCAGAGACCCCAAAUACUUCCGCUACCCAGAUACCUUCUACCCCCAACACUUCUUGGAUGAGCAGGGCUGCUUCAAGAAGAAUGAAGCCUUUGUACCUUUUUCCUCUGGAAAGCGUGUCUGCCUGGGCGAGGCCAUGGCCCGCAUGGAACUCUUCCUCUACUUCACCUCCAUUCUUCAAAACUUCUCCCUACGCCCGCUGGUGCCACCUGCUGACAUCGAUAUUACGCCCAAGGUCUCAGGCUUUGGGAACAUCCCCCCGACCUAUGAGCUCUGCCUCAUGUCCCGCUGA